UUGGUAACAUUGACCAAUGAAAUCUGACAAAUCCGUCAGCUGUUGUCGGAUUUUCACAUUUUUCAAAAAUCCGGGUUUAGUUUCCCGUCACUUUGACGUUUUCGUCCAAAAAUAAACUGUUCCCAAUCUGUUCUAUUUACAAAGAAAAACAUUAAAAAACCGCGAUCAAUUACACCCAUUCACACCCUACUGGGAAGCAGAACUGCACUAAAAAUAUUUCAGUUUGUAUUGACUCAUGAAAAACCAAAUUGUGAUGGUUACUAUGUCGAAUUUGGAACCCGCAGAAGCUGUAGGUUGUAGAGUGGAGUCCGGGGGGUUUUAUGGCACUGUAAGGUAUAUAGGAAGCCUCCCAGAACGUCCAGGCAAAUGGUAUGGUAUUGAGUGGGAUGAUCCGGGCAGAGGAAAGCAUAAUGGAACUGUGAAUGGAAUACAAUACUUUCAAACCAGAUACCCAACAGCAGGUUCAUUUGUGAGAAGAGAAAAAAUCAACUUUGGCAAAUCAAUUAUUGAAGCGAUCAUGACAAAGUAUGGUAACAAGGAAAAUGACAUCAUGAAGAAAAUUCAUGAGCAACAGAUUGUUAAUUUCCAAAAGACUAUCAAGGCCCCUUUUAUAGAGUUUGUGGGCUUUGAUAAAGUUAGUACAAAGCAAGGAAAUUUUGAGUCACUUAAGAUUGUAUCAGUUGAUUGCCAAAAUGUUAGCUCUGUAGGAGAACCUAAUGAACUAAGAAGCUUAAUUCCAAACAUCACUAGCUUGGAUAUAUCUACGAAUUUAUUAACCACAUGGAAUGAUGUUUUCCAAAUUUGUGAACAGUUGGACAAAUUAAGUUCCUUAAAUGUCAGUAAUAAUAGACUGACAUUUUCAGAAGAAUGCAAUUACACGUUUCCAAAUAUAAAACAGUUUAUUUGUGGCCACAUGGAACUAACAUGGUCAGACAUCAUAAAGUUAUCAAUAAUAUUCCCUUGUAUUAUUGACCUGAGGGCCAACCACAACCAUAUCACUGAUUUGACCAUCGAAGAUCCAAAAAGUUUUGAACAUUUAAAAAUUUUAGAUUUAGAAUACAAUCCUAUAGGAAGCUGGGAUAAGAUUUUAGAAUUGCAAAAAAUAACUAGCUUACAAGACUUGUCUGUAGGUGGUACUGGGAUAGAAAAGAUUGACUUUAAGACUGAUAAGCCUAAAUUUGACGGGUUCAUGAAUUUAACUAAAUUAUGUAUAAGUGAAAACCUUAUAAAUGAUUGGACUUCAGUAAGUGAACUUAACAGACUGCCCAACCUUGAGGAGUUGAGAUUUACCAAAAAUCCAAUUUUGAAUAGUGAGGAUCAAGAAACAGUGAUUUCAAUAGUUGUGGCAAAAAUUGGCAGUUUAAAGGUUCACAAUGGGCGAAUACUAUACAAUUCUCUAACGGGAAAUGACUUUCGGAGGGAAUGUGAAUAUGACUACUUGAAAAAGUAUGGAUUAGAAUGGCUAAGAGUGAAAAAUACCCCUGAGAGAGACUCGUUUUUAAAGGAACACAAUAGAUAUUUAGAACUUGUAGAAAUGUAUGGUGAGCUUCAGUCAGAGGAAUUGAAAGUAGAAGAUACCAGUAAAUUGAAAAAUACAUUAAUCACAUUAAACCUGGAGUGUGGAGACAGAAAAUUAGUGAAAAAAAUGGUCCCGUCAAUGCUAGUGCAAAAAUUAAGAAUAUUAGUGCAGAAAGUUUUCAAGCUGAACGAAACGCCCGAGUUAGUGUGUAUAACCGAAAAUAACUUUGAAAUUCCCUUAGACGACGAAAUGAAGGAAAUUAGUUAUUUUAAUGUGAAAAAUAAUGAUAGAAUUCUUGUGAAGAUAUGAUUGUUCAUUAAUAUUUACUAUUUCAACUAAAUUGUGAUAUGCAUCUCUUAAAAUUAAUUUUCAAUAUAUUUUUCAGAAGUACACAUUAAAUAAUAAAAUUAUUACGAUGCAAUUAUAAAUAGAAAUAUGUUUUUAUUAAAUUGCCUUUUUUAACUGUG